AUGGAAGUGACAACACCAGUGAAGCUCAUUGUUGGCGGUACGGGCCCAGGCCGCCCUUCUCCCAGCCCCCACUGUCGGGGCCCGGUCCCCCGCUCUCAGCAGGCCAGCGGGCCACCAGUGUCCCGGAAGGACCGGCUCCCAGACUUCGUUCCCCGGCUGCUCACUUACAUCGCCCGGCAGGCCCCCGGUCGCAGGGCCCGGCUCAGGCCGCCGACUCCCACUGCUCCUGCGGCCGUACCGCUUGCUCAGCUCCCCGGGGCCCGAACCGGGGCCGCCGCCGCCGCUGCACCUGCGCGUUCCCGAACGUCCGCGCGCUCCCGCCGCCGCCAGUGCGCAGCCGCGGCGGCGCCCGGAGCACCAACCCCGCCCGUCCGGCCCGGCGCGGACCCGCCUCUUCCGUCCGCCGCGGGCUGGGGACGCGCCUGGCGUCGGGAAAUAAUGGCGUGGCCGGUAUCCGAGUGCCAGGCUUGUGACAGUGCCCAGUUUCUGAACAAUCUCAGAUCCAGGCAAGAAUCGUGGCUCCAGGUACAAGUCCUGGCCAGGCCCGAGCCGCACCCUCGCCCCCGGCUAAUGCUUAGGCUUUCCGGCAUUUGCUCAGGGCCCAGGAUAGAUCCCCUGAGUUGUCGAUGCCCAAGGACUUGAAGCUGCUCUCCUUUUCUAACACUGACCCAUCAAUAAGGUGGGAGAGAACCAGUGCAAACUCCUCACAGACAGCACCUGAG